AUGUCAAGUGCAGUAGAAAUCUUCCUCAUUUUUGUUGCUAUUACUGAGUCGGUCCUGGGGCUUUUAGGGAAUGGAUUCAUUGUACUUGUAAACUGCAUUGACUAUGUAAGAAAGAAGAAAUUCUCUCUGAUUUGCUUCAUACUCACUGGCUUAGCUAUUUCCAGAAUUUGUGUGAUAUGGCUAAUCACUUUAGAUGGAUAUGUAAAGGUAUUCUAUCCACAUAUGUAUAUCGUUGGUAACUUCUCUGAGUAUAUUAGUUAUCUAUGGGCAAUUUUCAAUCAUUUAAACAUCUCAUUUUCUACCAGCCUCGCGAUCUUCUAUUUCCUGAAGAUAGCAAAUUUUUCUCACUCCAUAUUUCUCGGGUUGAAGAGAAGAAUCAAAUGUGUUUUUAUCCUUCUGAUGGGAUGCAUGCUUCUGUCAUUUAUAUUUAAUUUUCUACAAGUUGCGAAGAUAAUUAAUGAUCAUAAAGCGAAAUACAGAAACACAUCCUGGCAGCUCCAUACACGUAACAGAGAGUUUUUUCUUGGCCAACUUUUCACCAAUUUGGGAAUCAUUUUCUUCUUUAUAGUGUUUGUAAUCACAUGUUUUCUGUUAAUCUUUUCUCUUUGGAGACACCACAAGCAGAUGCGGUUGCAUGUCACAGGAUCCAGAGACUUCAACACAGAAGCACACGUGAAAGCAGUGAAAGCUUUAAUAUCUUUUAUCAUUCUUCAUGUCUUGUAUUUUAUAGGCAUUGUCAUAGAAACAUCCUGCGCCACUGUGCCAGAAAACAAACCUCUAUUUCUUUUUGGCUGGAUAAAUAUAGCUGUCUUUCCCUGUGUUCAUGCGUUUAUUCUCAUUCGAGGUAACAGCCAGCUGAAGCAAACCUCACUGAGGGUAGUACAGCGAUUAAAGUGCUGUGAGAAAAGACAGAAUCUCAGUUACAUAGACAGGCUUGCAGCAAAAUGGAUAUUCUAG